AUUCACGUUAAUAAUAGAAGCCUGGGAUUGGGAUAAUGAAACAAAAGCUGAUGAUGAACUAUUAAUUGACAGAGUGCAGUAUGCUAGUAUGAUCAAUCCAGAGGAUCGAUGGAAGGCGCUGCAGUUGAAUGGCCACAUUGCUCAUUUUGAAGCACAAAUAAGAGUGAAAUGUGAUGAGAAUUACUAUGGCCCACAGUGCAAUAAAUUCUGUGGCCCCCGUGAUGACUUUGUGGGCCACUAUACGUGUGACCAAAAUGGAAAUAAAGCAUGUAUGGAAGGCUGGAUGGGUGAAGAAUGUAAACAAGCGGUGUGUAGACAAGGAUGUAAUUUAAUCCAUGGAGGCUGUACUGUACCCGGGGAAUGCAAGUGUAGUUAUGGUUGGACGGGAGAUUUCUGUGACAAAUGUGUCCCCUAUCCAGGCUGUGCUCAUGGGAUUUGCACCGUCCCAUGGGAGUGCAAAUGCGAAACCAACUGGGGUGGCCUGCUCUGCAACAAAGAUUUAAACUAUUGUGGAAAUCAUCACCCAUGCGUGAAUGGUGGAACCUGUAUGAAUACGGAACCAGAUGAAUAUAGCUGUGCUUGCCAAGACGGUUACUCUGGAAAGAACUGCGAAAUUGCUGAGCAUGCUUGUGUAUCAAACCCUUGUGCUAAUGGUGGAACAUGCCAUGAAAUAUUAUCAGGCUUUAAAUGCCAGUGUCCUGAUGGCUGGAGUGGACCAACAUGUGCAAUUGAUAUUGAUGAAUGUGCAUCUAAUCCUUGUGCUGGCGGUGGAACCUGUGUAGAUCGCAUUAAUGGGUUUGAAUGUAUAUGUCCCCAGCAAUGGAAAGGGCUAACCUGCCACCUUGAUGCUAAUGAGUGUGAAGGGAAACCUUGUCUUAAUGCUCAUUCUUGCAAAAAUCUUAUUGGUGGAUAUUACUGUGACUGCAUUCCAGGAUGGAAGGGAGUAAAUUGUCACAUCAAAAUCAGUGAUUGUCAUGGGCAGUGUCAAAAUGGAGGGACUUGUAAGGCUGAUGUGAAUGGGUAUCAUUGCAUAUGCCCUCAUGGGUUCGUUGGGAAAAAUUGUGAAACAGAAAUUGAUGAAUGUAUGAGCAACCCAUGUCAAAACGCAGGUCACUGUGAUAACCUGGUGAAUGGAUUUCGUUGUGUGUGUCCACAAGGCAUCUCAGGAGAAUUUUGUGAGAUGGAUACUGAUCUCUGCAAGCCUAAUCCUUGCCAGAAUGGAGCUAAGUGUUAUGAUCUGAGAGAAGACUAUUACUGUGCUUGCUCUGAUGACUAUGAUGGAAAGAACUGCUCUCAUCUCAAGGAUCACUGCAAAAAUAAUUCUUGCAAAGUCAUAGACAGCUGUACAAUAGAGGUCUUCACAAAUGCUACUCGAAAAGGUGUCCGCUUAAUCUCCUCCAAUGUGUGUGGGCCUCAUGGACGGUGCGUCAGUCAACCAGGAGGCAAUUUUACUUGUGCCUGUGAAAAAGGCUUUACUGGAACGUACUGUCAUGAAAAUAUCAACGACUGUCUUGGAAAACCUUGCAAGAAUGGUGGGACUUGCAUCGAUGAAAUCAACAAUUUCAGGUGCUUCUGCCAGAGUGGCUGGGAAGGAAAACUGUGUGAUAUCAAUGUUAAUGACUGCUCCCCAAAUCCAUGUCAUAAUGGAGGGCAAUGCAUUGAUUUAGAGAAUGACUUCUACUGUGAAUGUAAAAACGGCUGGAAAGGCAAAACAUGUCAUUCAAGUGAGUACCAGUGUGAUGCAAGUACUUGUACCAAUGGAGGAACGUGUUACGAUGAUGGGGAUACUUUUCGAUGUUCUUGUCCUCCAGAAUGGAAAGGAAGCACUUGUAACAUUGCAAAGAACAGCAGCUGUACUCCUAACCCUUGUUUAAAUGGUGGAACCUGCGUUGGCAGUGGAGAUUCUUUCUCUUGCAUCUGUAAAGAAGGCUGGGAAGGGCGCACAUGCACUCAGAAUAUUAAUGACUGCAAUCCGCACCCAUGUUACAAUGGUGGCAUCUGUGUCGAUGGUGUGAAUUGGUUUCGCUGUGAAUGUGCGCCUGGAUUUGCUGGUCCAGACUGCAGAAUUAAUAUUGAUGAAUGUCAGUCCUCUCCUUGUGCGUAUGGUGCUACUUGUAUUGAUGAAAUAAAUGGCUACCGAUGUACUUGCCCCCGGGGACGAGCGGGCGCUAGAUGCCAAGAAGUGAUAGGUUUUGGAAAGUCUUGCUGGGUUAAAGGAAUAUCCUUUCCGCAUGGCAGUAGAUGGGAGCAAGAAUGCAACAACUGCCACUGUCUGGAUGGCCACAUUGACUGCACCAAGGUGUGGUGCGGGAGAAAACCCUGUCUGUUUACCAAACACGCGAACCACGCUGGCUACCAAUGUCCCAGAGGUCAGGAAUGCCAAGAAAACAUUUAUAUCAAAUGUUUCCAGCCAUCUUGUGAUGACUGGGGUGAAUGCAGUGAAUUGGAACCUCUAUCUGCCAAUAUCAAGUGUCAACCCAAUUCGAACCACUUGGACAACAGCUGUGCAAGAAUUACUCUGAUUUUUAACAGGGAGAAAGUACCUCAGGGCACUACUGUUGAUAAUAUUUGCUCUGAAAUCAGAUACUUACCAGCCACUAGAUCUGUUGCUAGUGAGAAGAUGUUGUUAGUGUUGUGUGAUCUAUCCUACUCCAUAGAAAAUGCUGUGGAAGUUGCUGUUUCUUUCAUUUCACAUCAAGAUGAGACCGAUAACAGCCUCAUACAGAAUGCCGCCAAUACUAUCGUAAAUGCCAUUACAAAGCGACAAAAUAGCACGGUUAUGCUGGCAGUAACUGAAGUCAAAAUAGAAACCAUAGUCGUUGGGAAUCCUCCUUCAGAUUACCUGGUUCCGAUCCUCUGCGCAGUUUUUAGUAUUAUAUGGGUAACCUGUAUAAUCAUCUGUGUGUGGUGGACGCGAAAGAGAAGAAAAGAGCGAGAGAGAAACCGUCCACCCAGGGAAGAGGCUGCAAAUAAUCAGUGGGCGCCUCUAAAUCCCAUAUGGAAUCCUAUAGAGAGACCUUACAGUCAAAAAGGCAUUCAUUACGAACAUAAAAAAUUUAUAUCUCCUCAAAAAAGAACUUACGAUGGGGUAGAGGAGUAUAUUGAAUAUGAGGAGGAGGAAGAAGAAGAGGAGAGAGAGGUCAUGGAAGUGGACAAAUUCCUCUCUCACAAACUCUCAAAGCCUUUGUCAACAAAGGCAGUGGACUCUCUAGAGAGUAGUCCUAUUAAGAAAUCUCUUCAGACAACCAAAAUGGACAACAGAUCUGUAAAAAAUGUGAACACAACAAAUCUUGAGGGCGGAAGAGACUAAGUCGGUGUUUGGACCAUGGCCACACUGUCUGCGUUGAAUAGUGUUGGAGAAAUUGGCAUCUCCACUCUGUCUGCAUCAAGGACUUAAUUGUCUGGAGUCAAAAUGUUCAUAGUUACUUUAUUUUGAAUAAAAAAAAUCUAAAAUAA